GAGACGGGUGUGAGGUUAAGUUCCCGUCGCUACUUGCGGUGCAGCUGCUGAACCUGAUCAGGGCGCCUCCCAAGCUACUUGCCCCGCACAGCAGGCUGAAACAUGUGAAGGACAAGGUUGAAUGUUUGCAAAUCCCGACCUUUACAGAGCUCUUCUUGUACGAUCUGGUGGAGCCGGUCGAGAUCAGACCAGACUUCACCUUGUCACUGCGCUGGCGGCGAACUCAUGUGGAGCUACGUGACCGCUGCCCUGGUUUCAUUGCGGGACUGGGAGAUGCAUUUGAGGGUUUUGCCUGCUUCGCAAAGGAGCUUUGCAAGGAGCCUCCUAGGGUCCUAGAAAGCCAGGAUGCCAUUCCGGGCAUACCUGUGGAUGGACGGGAUGCUUGGCCGGACAUCACACAGCCCAGCUUUGUUUUCCAAUUCCUGGGAGCGAAGGCUGAGAAGUGGGCCAUCCCGCACGGGCUUUGUGACUGUCCCCAGUUCAAGAACUCGAGCUCGAGAGAGUCAUGGCCAGAGCUUCCAGACAUGACGGUCGAACCGACCUUGGCGAUCGGCCUCAACUUCUUCGACGUCAUCCAGGCCAUCUUCCGUCCUGCAAUUCUCUUUGUUCUGCUGUGCUUCUUGGUAGGCUCUGGGCGAGCUUUGCAGACCGACCUCUUGGGCAGUGACUUCGCCGGGUUUCUGGGCUUCAAAGCAGCAGCGAGCUUCUUGGCGCUGGCGAUCUUCACAGUGCUUUGCCCGUUUUCUCACUCCAAACACUUCUGCCGCUUCUACCUGAAAGCUGCCCGCACGGUGAACGGAGCCACCGCCUGGGUUCCUGAUGAUAUCAUGCGGCUCCUGCAAGGGAAAGGCUACCUGAUCCCUGGCUUUACUUCAAGCUUCUCUGCGCAGCGACCCGAGGUUUACCUGCCGGAGUCCUUCCACUUCCCGGAGGACUGCGACGGGGUGCAGGCACCGGUUCUUUGGCGCCUUCCGUUCUUCGCGCCUAUGCUGCGGAUGUGGGAUUGCUGCACGCCAGCCACUAAGGAGAACAUGAAGAAGCUCCUUGCUGCCAAGACGGCAUUCGGAAUCAUUCCCGGUGGCAGUGAGGAUGUGGCCAUCCAUGAGCAUGGCAAGGAGAAUGUUUACAUAAACUCUCGGUAUGGCUUCAUCAAGUAUGCCCUGCAGCAUGGAUAUCGCUUGGUCAUCGCGUACACCUUUGGAGAGAAUGACCAGUACUACAGCCUGUCUUGCCUUCGUCCUUUGAAUCUGUGGCUGGUAAAGACCUUCGGCUUCGUGGUCCCGGUCUUCUGGGGGAAGAGCUUCUUCCCUCUGCUGCCUCGCGGUGGAGGCUUGAACACCGUGUAUGGCAGAGCCUUGCAACUGCCGAUGAUCUCAGAUCCCACACUGGAAGAUUUGGUCCAUUGGCACGGGAUCUAUGUCGAUGCCCUUCAUGCACUCUUCAAUGAGUACAAGCAUCAGUUUGGCUUCGGCGACCGGGAGCUGAGAUGCUUCUGA